UUUUUUUUUACCCUUUUCUUUAUUGUUUAUUCAACUGAUAUUAAAUGAAUAAUCAACAAGUUACUUUGCCUUCUAUUAAGCUUGUCUUUCAAGGUUUAUUUAAUACUGAUAAAACUGAACCCUAUCGUAAGUUACAUAAUUACAUAGUAUAGUAUAGUAUCGUAUAUAUGAAUAUGUAUCAUGUAUCAUGUAUAUUAAUUGAAACACACUUUAUUAAGGAAAAACAUCAUCUUUUGGACCUGAAUUUAAGGUAGAAGAAGCUACUCCGAAUUUACAACAACUUUCGUCAUCACCUUAUUGUCUAGAAGAGUCACGAGUGAAUCAUAUAAAGGUACAUCGUCGCUCUGUGUCUGAAUUCAAUAGCACUAGUAGAGGAGUCGUAGAGAGGACGAUGAUGAAAUACAAUCGUCAACCAUCAUCUCAUCAUCAUCAUCAGUGUAUUCCUUCUUCUAGUCAUCAACAAUCAUAUCAUCCUAAGCAUACAAGAGCUCAUACAACAUCUGGUUAUCCACCUACUAUGUGGCUUGAUCCUUAUAAACAACAAAGUUAUAAUCAUCCAAUUCAGUCACCACCAUCGUCAACAACUAGGCUAACAGCAAAAGAGGAGAAAAGGACGACAAAGAUAUUCUAUUGUCCGUCUUUCGAAAAGCAGCAAACAUAUCGCCAUCACUGUCAUCAUUGUCAAAAAUCAUUUUCAAGACCUUCAUCGCUCCGUAUUCAUAUCUAUUCACAUACAGGUGAAAAGCCUUAUCAAUGCCAUCAUCAGGGUUGUGGACGUAGUUUUAGCGUGCAUAGUAAUAUGCGUAGACAUUUGCGUAUCCAUCAUUCUUCUGAAUUCAACAACAAACAAAUACAAUUGUAAAUAAUAAUAAAAUAAAAAUUUUUUACCAAUAAUUAGAUGGGAAGAAAUAAGAAGAGGAAAAACAAAGAAUAUGUCACGGAUAAAUAAGUUUUAUAUCAUGUAACUUUAGUUGAUAUAAAAAUAUAUCAAAUGUACAUGUGUGUAUGUAAGCAUGUAUGUAUGUAUAUUUAUUUAUAUAUUACAAUGAACAAAUACUACCAUGUUUUAUGUAUACAUAAUUGUACGUUGUUGAUCUAUUAUAUGGUUACCAUUAUUUCUCUCUCUCUCUUUCUCUCCC